GAGAGAGAGGCUGAGCUAGUGAGAGCAAGAGAAAAGUUAGCUGAGCUACCACAAAUCACUUUGUCACUAGCAAGCUCUGACAAGCACCAGGAGAGAGGGAGCACACAGGGAGAAAGGAGAGAGAGGCAGGGAGUUAAAUAGAGGUGCAAAGAAGGAGUAGUGUCAGAGGAGACUACAGGGAAGGUAGGAGGGGGCUUCAGAGGGCAGAAACAAGGGGAAACCAAUGGAUGAAUAGAAGGGAGAAAGGACAGAGACGUGACUUCAAUUUGAUUCCCAACACAGCGUGAGCUAAGGACUGUUUUUUCUGCUACUGCUACUGCUACUGCUGCUCCGUGUGGAUGCUACGCUCUUUUACAGAGAAGGUGUGUCAAACUUUCUUUACGCUAGGACAGUGUUUGACUGACAAGAGGAGACGUAAGCUGUGAUUUUAUCUUCUGACAGCAUCCUUCCUUGUGCUGUUUUCAGCUGGCCUGGUGCAAAGAGAGCAUACGUUUGUGUUUGACGAGGAAGAUUCAAUUUAAAAUACUUCAGCUUCUUAGUUUGUUAUGAACACACAAGCUGGAAGUGUUGAAAGCUAUUUUUACACAGAUCACAUAGUGUUGUUGCUAAAAAGAGGUAGUCACAGUGUUACAAGUUAAUCAGAUGUUUACCUGCAGGACCUCUUUUAAUGGCUUACUGCAUAAAGUUAUGACUGGUUUACAAUAAGUGGCUUUUUAAUACUACAUUAUACUUUCUGUCGAUGCACAGAGGACAUUUGAUCAGCACUACGGCGACACAAAAUUCCUGAGAGUUUUAUCUGCAAAGGAAGCGGGAGGUCAUCUGAUCAAACUUCAAAAACAGAGAAAUAGGAAGGCCAUUUUCUUCCACUUAGCACUCAGGACUUAUCAUUGCAAUUUUGUCCUAAGAGACACUAAGAGAGGGCCUGUUUGACAUCACAUCCACGUACAGAUCAGCCCUGAAUGAUUAGAGCUCGGGGGUCAAGACGGGUAGAAAGCGCAGUCAGCUGGAAAGCCUUGGAAUCAAAUAUUAAGUAAGUCAGGCUCUGCCAACACCGCUCUUCAUUUUGCUGAGUGUUGCAAGGCUCCCUCCACAUUUGCUGGGCUGUUCUCUGGGGGCAUGUAAAGAGAGACUGCCUAGUGAGCAAUACAGCUGACACGUGGAGGCAGAUAUAUACUUGCUUCAAGUAGGAUAGGAUAUGAUUUAAUAUUGUGGGUGGAAAUUUAAAUCAUAUCAACCUCUGGUUGGUCUGUGGGUUCACCACCAGCCCUGUUGAUUAUUGAAGUGAAGGCACAUCGUUUUGGGUGCUCUAGAGGUCUCCUGAGGGCUCUGAGUGCAUGUUUAGCUGGGCUCUGUUAGCUUUUGACAGCUUCACUCUGGACCCACUUGAGCCUCUGAGACGUCAUUGUGUUACCUGUGUUGUUGAGUCAGAGGCUGGCUCAUCACUUCCUUGUCUGUCUGCCCACUGGGAUUCUCUCCACCUGCUUCAAUGCAAAGAGGUCACAAGUGUUAGGUGGUUUUCACAGCAGCAGCAGCAGCGACAGCGGAGGCACCAGCAGUCCUAAACUCUCAGGACUCUCCACACUGCUUUUAUUGUUCUGCCGUGUAAACACCUUGCGUCACCAACACCUCUCCACUGAGUGAUUCACAGCUCGCCAAGCGUCCCCUGUCCCAGGCAGCCAGUGAAAGAAAGGUGAGGGAGGACUUGCAAAGAACCAGAGAGUAGAAGUACUGGCAGACAGUCAGGUUGGCACCAUGAAGCUGGCACUCUUGAUGCUCUUGGUGGUGUACACAGUGGUCAAUGUGAGUGGUAUGUCUACAUGUAAGACACUGGACCUUGAGAUGGUGAAGAAGAAGCGCAUCGAGGCCAUUAGGAGUCAGAUACUUAGCAAACUGCGUAUGCCCAAAGAGCCUGAGCCGGAUCAGGCCGGAGAUGAGGAGGACAUCCCCAGCACCCUGCUGUCGCUCUACAACAGCACCAAGGAGAUACUGAAGGAGCAGCAGACUGAGGUUCAAACGGACAUCUCCACCGAACAGGAGGAGGAGGAGUACUUCGCCAAGGUGCUGCACAAGUUCAACAUGACCAGUAAAAACAAUACCGGCAUUAACAAGAAGUCCAAAAACAUCCCCAUGUUCUUCAACAUCUCUGAGAUCCGGGAAAGUGUGGGUGAUUACCGCCUGUUGACCAACGCAGAGCUACGGAUGCUCAUCAAGCAGACAAAUAUCGCUGAUGAGCAGCGGGUGGAGCUGUACAAGGGUGUGGGGUCCACAGCCCGCUAUCUGGCCUCUCGCUUCAUCACUAACCAGAUGAACAACAAAUGGCUGUCCUUCGAUGUCACAGAGACCCUACAGGAAUGGCUCAAAGGAACAGAGGAUGAACAGGGAUUCCAACUUCGGCUCUUCUGUGAAUGCAGCCAGACUAGCGCUGAUGCCGGCUUCAGUUUUUCCAUCUCUGGGAUUGCAAACGACAGAGGAGACAUAGGAACUUUAAAAAUGAUGACCCAGCAGCCACCCUACAUCCUGACUAUGUCCAUUCCACAAAACACAAGCAGCCACCUCACCUCACGCAAAAAACGCUCCACUGACACAAAGGAUACCUGCACAGCCCAAACAGAGACUUGCUGCGUGAGAAGCUUGUACAUCGACUUUAGGAAAGAUCUGGGCUGGAAGUGGAUACAUAAGCCAACAGGCUAUCAUGCCAACUACUGUAUGGGGUCCUGCACCUACAUCUGGAAUGCUGAAAACAAAUACUCUCAGAUUUUGGCCCUGUAUAAGCAUCACAACCCAGGAGCCUCUGCCCAGCCAUGCUGUGUUCCUCAGGCACUGGAGCCGCUGCCAAUCCUUUACUACGUGGGCCGGCAACACAAGGUCGAGCAGCUGUCCAACAUGAUUGUGAAGUCCUGCAAGUGUAGCUAAAAAUACGACAAGGCACAUUGCUCUGCCUCCCCUCAAACAGACAUGGACCAAGUACUGUUUGGGACCACAGAGAGGAGCAAGCAGCAGAGAUUAAGAGGACGAUAAUGUGGAGGAGCAAAAUAUUUAAAAGGAUCUUUGUGGUCCACUUUCCCUCCUGCGAUCUCUGCCAUAAACAUGUUGAACGCACAUCAAACCAUGAACUCCUUCAUAUAGAUAAUGUAGAUCAUAUUUUGUACAUAUUUUUUAAUGUAGUAAUAAAAAUAUCUGUCUGAAAUGAAUUAAUUUAUUUAGUGAAGGGACAGAUGUGUACAGAAGUGAUAAACAAGUGUGUCAGAGUGACAUGGAAAAUUAUUAAAAUGAUUCUAAGAGAUGCCAAAGGACACAAGGACCAAAUGACUGAGAUGGAAGACUUUUUUCACAGAUGAUUGUCAGAGGCAUUUCUGUUCGACAUAUCAUCUUCCUGGAGAGGUUGUAGUUAAAGGUGCUAAGUGGUUGUUGGGGUUUUCCUGGAAGAUAAUGCCACAGGUGUUUUUGGAGAGACUAACACCGUGAAGGACAGCAGACAACCGCAGGGACAGUCUGAGUGAGGGGAACUCCUUCUGAAUGAGAGGCUGGAGUUUUCAGACAACGUUUCAAAGGGAACCGUCCAUCAGUUUCACUGUUUGUUUUUCAACCCACGUGAUUUAUACAGUGCUUUUUUGUCACGAUGUUUGUGUUCAUAAUUGAAUGUCAGCUUGUCCUUAGGAAACCGCCCGUGCUGUCAAAGCCAUGAGUAAUAUCAGUGUUUGUAAGACUGAUGACACCGUGUUUUUCUCCAGCUCGGGAUUUACAGCCAGCCUGUUGUCUCGAGGUGGCGAGGGUCAGGGGAUGUGGUUGUGGUGUUGGUUUAAGGGAAGCCAUUCAGACUCAAUACACACAUUUGAUGCUUUUUUCCUGUUAUUUAGUAAAUUAGUGGCAAUUUAUUGCCUUUUAUUCAGGACAAGUUUUACUUUCAGCUGAAGUUUGAUGCCUUUUGCACAACUCAAGAAAAUAAAUCAACUUCUGUAUUUUGUUUUAGGACAACAACCAUACACAUUUUGACAGGUUAUCAUGUUUUAAAUAGUGCACUUACCAGUUUUUUAAUUGCUUUUGUAAAUAUUUUAAGACUUUGAAAUAAACAUUGAUGUUAAAUUA